AUGAACCCGCCCCUCCUCCUCCAGUGCAACGUUAACCACUCCCGUGGGGCUCAGGAUCUCAUGAUCCAGAGCCUCGCGGAGUUGGGUGGGGUAAUUGCAGUGGCGGCCGAGCCGUACAACGUCCCCGAUCACCCGUCGUGGUUGGGGGCGGAGGACGGCUUGGUCGCGCUGUACUUCAGGCCCUUCCGCGAAUUCGAGCAGUAUCUGGGCGAGCUAGAGCGCGUCGUUCGAACGCAUAGUGCUCGCCCGGUGCUGGUCCUGGGAGACUUCAACUCCAAGUCUAAGGCUUGGGGGUCUCCCAGGACAGACAAGAGAGGAAGGGCCUUGGANGACUGCAUGGCGAUCUGCGGACUCGUCGUGCUGAAUCGAGGCUCGCAGCACACGGCGAGAAGGUCUCCUCCCCAGGGGUGGGUCCUCAAACAACUGGACCCACAGAUCCUGUCCGCCGCUGCUCAGGUCGCGGCCUGGCCUUCUCCACCGGCCGGGCCGCGGGACUUCCGUGCGGAACUUCGGUGGUUCCGGGAGACGCAAGUUGACAUUUGCAACGCGGCGAUGCCGCGCUCCCGAGGACCGCCGAACCGGAGAUCGGUGUACUGGUGGACGGCCGAGAUUGCCGCUCUCAGAGUGGAAUGCAUCCGAGCCAGAAAUCAGUACACCCGCGCCCGUCGCCGAAAGACUGGCGACGUGGAGGCGCGAGCAGCGGAGGCGCACGAGGGCUACUGCGCCGCGCGCAAAACCCUUCGUGCUGCCAUUAGGAAGGCAAAGUCCCAAGCGUGGACGGAGCUCCUUGAGGCUAUCGACGCGGAUCCUUGGGGGCGUCCAUAUAGGCUUGUGCUGAACAAGCUGCGCCCGUGGACGCCUCCGAUCACCGAGAGCCUCGACCCCCAGCUCCUGGAGAGGGUCGUCUCCACUCUCUUCCCUGACGGGGAGAGAGGUUGGCCCUCCCGGGAGCCAGAGUUGGACCAAGUGGAGUGGUCCAACCAAUGGGAGGUCACGGAGGAGGAGCUCCGCCGGGCCGUUCGUCGGAUGGCGCGGAAGAGCACCGCGCCAGGUCCCGACGGCGUGCCCGGAAAGGUGCUGGGCUUUGCCUUUGGACAGGGUCCCCUGGGUGACCGCCUCAGGCAGCUGUUCACGGACUGCCUGAGGACGGGCUG